CACAGAGAGAGAGAGAGAGAGACUAGGGAUCGCCGCGACGAAGCCCUACUGGAUACAGUGAGCGCUUUGGGUGCGUGAGAGGAGCAAAGUCGGACCAGAAAUUUAGUUACCGGGAGAGACUAAGACGCCGUUUACCGUGCGGCUUCUGGGAUACUUGUUUCUUGCUGGAUAGUAGGAGCGGCUGCGUGAUGAAGUGACGGAAUGACAAAAAGAGAGCGUUAUGGGAUUAGCGGCAUAGCGGUAAAUCAGGAGCUGGAGACUUUUCGGAUUUGAAGGUCACGGGGAGCCAGAGCACAUCCAGCUUCCAUCAAGACUUCCCCUGUGGUUUUUCACCUUCCCACCUUUCAUCUUAUCAUCAGAGCUGUCGGGUAGGACUUGCUUUGAUGACAACGAGAGGCCAGCAUCACAAGGCGCUAAGGAGCUGCAUCAGACACGUACUGCGCAGACAUUUGCCGUAGAUGUUGGACACCUUUUGAUGACAACUAGAGGCCAGCAUCACAAGGAGAUAAGGAGCUCCAUCGAAGUACGCAUGCUAAGCAGACGUUUCCCAUAGAUGUUGGUGGUCUCCCUAUCACACGUACGCUGCUGUGAUCCUGUGAAUGGUUAGCCGCCAAUCCUCGUCCCAUUCAGAGUGUCUUGCCAUGUCUGCCCACUCGAGCUGACAGCCGUCUUUUUCUUAUCGUCCCUUUCAUCUGCGGCCAGAACGGAUGGCAUCUCAACCACAAUGAAGAAUUAGAUGCUUGCACUGCUGCGCCCGCCUUUUUUUUUUUUCUCUCCCACUUUUUUUUUUUUUGUUGCACAUGAUCAGUAUGAGGAAAACAAAACUACAAAGCGCACUUCACGCUGGGCUGCUGAGGAAUGCACUCUCGUACUGAACGCUUCCUGACGUGUAUCCAAGCGGAGAGACGUUCAAUCUUCUAUUCCUGUGGCAACCAUUGUUGUUGACCUUUUCUGCUGGCAAUUAAUCGGAGCCAAAAAGUCAAAACUCUUUAAUUAUGAUUUCAUUUUCUCAAAGAGUGUAAAACUAGGAAAAGGCUUACCACCAAUCAAACUCCCAGUCGACGGAGAACGCAGGACUAGUUUUCCACUUGGACCCCCGUUUUUUUGCUUCACAAGCCUAAAAUGCCCUUGUUGCAAAGAUUUAAACACAUCAACCUGAAGAUUUCUACCCUGACUCUGAUAUUCAUUGUCUUGACACUGACCACUGUCCUGUGGAGCUUGAGCUUCCACGAUCCUGCCUCCCCAUAUUUCCUUCUUCUCAAGGUGGCCUCCUUACCCAAAAAGCCUUGUGCCUGUAAACGCUGCAUCUCAGAGCUGGGACUCUCACCCUGGUUCGAUGAACGAUUCAACCAAUCAUUAAGUCCACUAAUGACAAAGAAUAACAGUGUCCUCCCUGAAGAUGUCUACAGGUGGUGGCUGAGGCUGCAGUCGGAGAAGAAGCCUGCCGAUUUCAAUGAGGUAAUAAAGAAACUGUUUGAGAUCGUCCCUGGCCAAGAUAUUUACAUGGACUGGGGAGCCUCGCGCUGCAGGAAGUGUGCCGUAGUAGGGAACUCUGGAAACCUCAAGGGAUCCAAUUAUGGGGCCGAGAUUGACUUGAAUGAUUUUGUGCUGAGAAUGAACCACGCUCCGACAAUUGGAUAUGAGAAGGAUGUCGGGAGUAAAACCACUCAUCACUUUAUGUAUCCAGAAAGUGCCAAAGACUUGCAAAAUAGCACCAUCCUCGUCCUAGUCCCUUUCAAGACCCUCGAUCUGCAGUGGAUCACCAGUGCAUUAACGACAGGGACCAUCAAACAGACAUAUUUCCGAGUUUUAUCCAGAAUAAAAGCUGACAAAGAUAAGGUCCAAAUCUACAGCCCCCAGUUUUUUAAGUAUGUCUACGACAACUGGGUGGAAAACCACGGGAGAUACCCGUCCACCGGGAUGCUGACCUUAAUGUUCGCAAUUCAUAUCUGUGAUGAGGUGAACCUCUAUGGAUUUGGUGCUGACAGUAAUGGAGACUGGCAUCACUACUGGGAGAAUAACCGCUUAGCUGGGGCUUUUAGGCACACGGGGGUCCAUGAUGCCGAUUUUGAAUACAACGUCACCAUGCUGCUUGCUGAAAAUGGGAAAAUCAAUAUGUUCAGAUGAGGGUGGGUCUUUACAUAUGGACUGAAAUAUGGACGUUGCCAUUGUCUGUUUAUUUUGGCCAAAGUUAUAAAUUGGUUCAAAAAGCCAGUUACUGAAGAAAGGAAAUUAAAGAUGUACUGUGUUUUAAAAUGUAUUAAGAGAGAGAAGCACAGGGAGAGACACACACAAACAAUAUUUUAUGGAAUAAUCUGCUUUAAAGUAGAUUUGCUCUCUAUUAGUGGACUAAAGUGAGGCACCUUAUUCUGGUCCUGGGGGGAUCAUGUGCCUGUUGGUGUUUCAUUUCAGCUAACUUCUAAAACAAUGUAUGUAUUUCUGCAAUUGUAUGUCAAGCUAGACAUGAAAAAUGUGAAGUAAAAACUCAAUUCAAUUAAUCAAUUCUAAAAUAUAAUCCACUCAAGGUCUUGGAUGAAAUUUCUAUUAGCGUCAUAUUGCCAAGUGAGAUCAGCUGCUCAAACUAACCACUACAGGAAGUGUGCACAGGAAGUCUGCUAUUUUCCGUACCUUUUCCACACUCUCAUUGUCUAGAUCAGAGACACAGCAAUUGUACAAUGGUAGUUAACGUGUUCAUUGCAUAAUAUGGAAAAAUGGUGAGGGUAAUCUGGAAUAAAAUCUGGCUACAUAGCAAUAAAACAGGAGAAACAAAAUGAAAACACAAACGUGUCGCAGUCUGACAGUCCUGAACCCCCAUGGCAGGUCCCAAUGGCAAAUUGAGAGUAGGAAGGACUGCAUUUCUCAUCUCUUUUAUUGCUAUUUUAACUUUUUGGGGUGUCUCUUUCAUUACAGAUUUUUAUUGUGGGCUUCUUCACUAUAAUUACAUAAAGCUGGGAUUGCCUUGUUUAAAAAUGGCACACAUAUUCAUUCCCCUGCUUUUUAAAGUGUGUUUUCAAAGAAGAAAUAGGGACAAAACUCGCCAAAUAAAUUUAGUUCGUUUUUUUUUUUGUGUCAACAUGAUAAAUUUCAUUAUAAAAAAAACAUUUGUAAAGCUAGUACUCAAAAAUAUAUUUUGUAAUAUUAAAAUAUAUUUUGUAAAAUGACUGGACAAGAUGGAGAAAAUAAAGGGUUGGCGGCCUGCAGGCUCCCCAUUUAAUGCAAAAGGGAAAACCUGGCAAAAGAAACAGUUCUUGCAAUAUAUUAUUGAUGAGUUUGUGCGUCUUUCCAUGCCUCCCCUUAGGCCAGGGGUCCUCAAUCACAGUCCUGGAGGGCCGUAGUGGCUGCAGGUUUUUGUUCUAACCGGUUGCUUAAUUAGAAAGCAAUUCUUGCCAAUGAUUUAAUUUCAUGGCUUGUUAGUGCUUUAACUCUGCUAUGUCAGGUCAUUCUCAUAUCCUAGAUUUUCUUCCGCUUUCUAAGGAUAUCAUCCAAAUGAUCUGAAAGCUAAAAUGGAUGAGUAAUUCUCAGUCCUUCAAUUUCUUCACUUCACUUUCCUUCCAAGUAUUUCAUUUAACCCAAUAGUGUAUGAUAAAUACACACAGGUGGAAAUUGUAAAUGGAGAAAGGCGGGUCUCUUUUGUCAUUUGCAUGUUAUUGCUAAUUAGGAGUGAUUAAAAACCAAGACUACAGCUGUUUAAGACUAAAAUAAGCAAUAAAGGUUCAAAAUCUUAACAAGCGAGACAACUAAAAUGAAGCAGAAGUGUUACUUGAGCAAUAAGGGCUUCUUAUUAAGCAAUUGGGUUGGAGUAAAAACCUGCAGCCACUGCGGCCCUCCAGGACUGUGACUGAGGACCCCUGUCGUAGGGUAAGCGAUUCGCUUCAUUGUAGCAGAGCUCCAUGUUCUGCAGUCUCUGAACACCAGCUGUUCGUUAAAUAUACCAUACUUCCGUAGUUAGGAGCAAAUUUGGUCCAAAAACCGGGUGUUUAGGUGGCGAUUAGUUCUUUUGUUUUUGUGACUCUCCUUUUGUUUCAUUUGUUUGUGUCUGUUGGUUUCACCUGUUUUUUUUUUUUUCAAUAAUCAACUGUGUUUCUGGCUUUAGAGUGUAAUGAAUUCUCAUUUUGGCACUCCUAGAAAUAAUUUUAUUUCACUUUUGGACUUCUCAUUUUAUCAUUCUUAGGCUAAUAUCACUGCUGCGGCAUCUUGUGCUUUGGUUUUAUGAAUAGUUGCCACCACUUUUGACUCUCUCUGCUUAGUCCCGUUAUUGAGUCUUCAUUCCACAACUAUUUAAGAUUGCGGCACACUUCAUUUUGUGGUUGUGAGAAUGCAAAAAGCACACAAGGGGAAAAAAAACAGAAUGUUGAGGCUCCAACCCAGUUGUCCCCAUUUAAUUCAACUAAAGUCUAAAUAAGUAAAAAAAAUGCUCGAUGACGAGUAAGGCAAUGAAAAAUGUUCCACCACAACAAAAGUAUAGUCUCCUCUUGGCUUUCCAAAAAAAAAAAAAGGGUUUUCCUAGUCCUUCGUAAUUUAUCAGAGCUCCGUCCUGCGGUUUGCCAAGAUCAACAAGUGACACUUCCUUCCAGUGCACUCGGGUUUUGUGGUGUGCCAAAUGAAAGGGGCGGAGUUAUUUUCCCUCAGAGGGCGUCUUCUAAAUACUGUGGGGACAUAUAUUUAGCAAUAGCGGCCCCCUCUCACCCUGGGGUGGUAUCUCGUACCACAGAUGAGCCUGAGAAAGCAAUCCUCAUCCGUGCUUGUGUGACAAUUUGGCAUAAAAACCUUGGACCAGAUUACAAAAGGCAAACCACAAAUGUUAGCGAUAGUUAAGAGAAACACAUACUAGUUCAUUUUCAGACAUUUGUCUAUAAAGUAUAAUUUUGGUUAUGGUUGUCGACUUUUUUGGGGGGGUAUUUUUCACCCCAGCUUUUUUGCUUGUGAUUGUAAUGAUUGUGGAAUUUUAUGUUUGCUGUUCUCACUUUUUAUUGCUAUUUUAAUGCCAUUUUAUUUCUAGUUGUACCUUGGUUACUGCCAAUAUGUGUUAGUCUUUUGCAUGGCCACGACCAUAUUUUAUGUGGAAGUCACAUCAAUCUUGGUACACCUAUAAAAGAUGGUGGUGCAUCUAAUAUAGGCUUCCUGUUCUAAAAUUUCUUUCUGCUUGUCUUUAGAAUAGAGGAAGCUAAAAGAUGCUGCCAAGAAGAUACAAGUGUUAGGACCUUUGCUUUGGUUUUCUGACUACGUUUUCUUGCAUUUGUGUUUUAGAUUUGAUUGAUUUGAUUGUUUCUUUCACAGCUCUCUGUGUUUAGACUAUCUACCAAUGCCUGGCCACCAUCUUCCUCUCAGUACGAUUUUUGUGCCGCAUUAUUUUAUUUCUACUUUCCUAGUGUUUAAUAAUUACUGUUGAUUACAACUCUGUCUUUAGCAUAGAGUUUAUAAAACAGAGCGGGGUGGCCAGGUAUACAAAAAGCCUGCCACAAUGCAUCAAAAAAGCUCUUCAAUACAUUGAAUCAUAGAAGUUGGAGACCAGCACAACAAAAAUCGGAGUUGGCUUAAAGAGAUGGAAAGAUUCUUUUGUACAUUAGUAAUCUUUGAUCUCAUUGUGUAUGGUCCUAAAUGUUAAUUUUACACUUGAGUGUAAAGCCUUACAGGCAUUGACACAAACACCCCCAGGUCCAAAUGCUGCUCCUCACUUGUAGACGGAAAGAUCAGUUCCUUAAGAUUUUGUCUUGGGAAAGUGUCAUAUGUUUCUGCCAAUUUUGAUCACUGACAGUAUUCCGAUAAAAUCUCUGGACACAAGCGUUCCCACCCCAGGCAGUCACAGUGGCCCAAGGUUACUUCAGAAGCACCGUUGAUGGUCUGUGAUAUUUAGUGUUAGUUUGCUUACACAUAAGACAACUGAACUUAUUUUGUGACAAAACUGGGGAACAAUCAAAAAGUCAGAAGAAAUCCACAUCAUUGUUUUUUUUUUUCAUUUACAGAUAUUAAUGUUUCAUCAAGAAAUUCUGCAUGUUCUAGUGUGUUCUGCAGGGUGUUUUUUUCUCUUCCAAAAUGAGUGGUAAAUGUUAUUUACAAAUGAAGGAAUAUCAGUUGAGGUUCCAGACUGUGCUGAAAAUACAUAAGCCACAUUGGCCCAUUAUAUCAAUAAGUGCCUUCAUUAGUCUGCGCACCACUAUUGUGGAGUGACAAUAGUGCUGCAAUUUGCCUUGCUAAGAGCUUUUGUAUACUGAGAUCACAUAUUUAUUGUACUUUCAGUCCCAUUUUUUAGAGUGCAUGAUGGCAGAUGCUAAUAUUUCAAAAUGAACACUUUACCCACCAUUUUUUUUCUGUACUGAACCUUUCAGUUUUAUUUUAAUUAGGAUAUCAUCUCCAGACACACCACUGGCUGCCACUAACAUCCCAUGAGAAUAUUGCCAAGAGUAGACUUGAGUAACAGAAGCAUGUAUGAGUGCGGUCAAGGCGAGUUGUAAGUAUUAGUGUCCAUUCCGGAAAAAUAAAUUAUUCCUUUAUCUCAAUGAACUGCUGCCCUGCCCUGAAUUUGUUCCUACCUGUCACCCAGUGCUUGCUGGGAUAGGUGUCAGCUCUGGAAUAACCUGCUCGGGUUUAGAAAAUGGAUGUGUGAAUUAUCUUAAAUGACGCUUCUAGAUUUAUGUGAGGUUAACCUUUGUAUUGCACAGAUACAGAAUUACUGCCAUUUCUGUCUCUCUUUAUUGGGAUGACGUGUUUCAAACCUUGCAGCUGCAGACUGGCAGGAUGAUUGGAGGGCAGGAGAGGUCUGACACUUUGGCAUAAGGCAAGGUGAUCUGCCAGCCACCUUCUCUGUUCCCCCUGGACAUUCUGCUAUGUCUUGUCAACUUUGUGGUUAAAGUUAUUACCCAAAAAUUGUGUCAUCCAACUCAAAGCAAGCCUUUUACUUUCUCUUUAUUUCUUAAAGACAAAAUUGUAAUUUACACUACAGGUGCUCAACUCAGACUAUGCAGUGGGUACAGAUUUUGGCUUCAGCCAAGACCUGCUCCUGUCUUAAUUAAGUUUAUGCUUAUUUACUGCAUUAGAGAAUGAUACCAUAAUAUUUACCUUUCAUAGGAAUUCUAUCACAAAAUUUUCCAACAUCUUAUUUUGUAAUGCCACUGUUACCUGUUACUGAUGCUCUUGAAGUAGCUGCUUCUCUUUAGCAGUCUGCUCUUUUCUGCUGUCAUUAUCUGGAGUUCAAGCUCUAUAAAAGUGGAAUAAAAAGAACUAUUUAAACAAACAUUUUAGCAAAACUGCCUGCAUUUUGCACGUUUUGAGCAUACAACUGGAUAACUGAUCCGUGGAUUAUACAACCCGAGUAUUGCAGGUUUUUUGUUCUUUUUUCACAUCAUUUGCCAUUUUAGAGCUUUGGUCCCCAUUGCCUUCUAUUUUACCAUAAACUUUUUUCUCUCCAUUCCACAUGAAAAUGUGACCUUGAAACUUUGUCUUGGCUACGACUACCAAGAAGAUGGAGUCAGUAAUGCAUAAAAAAUAUCAUUUUUGGAUAGUGUACUCCUUUUAAGAGAUGGAUCAGUUUUGCUAAAUUCUUUUAAAAUGCUAUUUCUAAUUUGGCACAAUAAUGGCACAUUUAAUUAUGAUUGCAGUCAAGAAUUCAUGGAGCAAACACCUGCACCCAAUGCUGACCUCCAUGGUCCAUGUUGAGUAGCUAUGGUUGCCACAGUGGUAAAGUAUGCAACUUUUUUCCUCACAUAAAUUGAGAAGCGGACUUGCAUAUGUUUAUUUAAAUUAUGGGGUGGGGCUAUUGCAGAGUCUUUGGAUUUAAACCCCGCCCAAGUCCACCAGUGAUUGUGAAUGAAGAAAGGAUCUAUUUAGUGAAUUGGGAUUGGCGAGCUUGUUGGGCUGAAUGGCCUGUUCUUGUCUAGGUUGUUCUGAAGUGCUAAAUGAUCUCCACUCCUCUUCUAAGUUCUUGUAGUUCACAGCCGCUAGCAGCCACUCAAGCCACAAGGGACACUACGGUUAGCUAAAAUGCUGCAUUGGAAUUGUCAAUGAGGACAUAGACAUAGUCUGGUGCUUACUGCCAGUGGUGAUCACCAUGGACAGCAAGCUUCAGUGGAAGAGCCACGUGACAUUAUACUCCCAUCCCCUCUGUGAUAAGUCGUCAGAUUUAGCGGGAACGUUCCUAUAGCUCGGCCUGCUUUUUAUCCACAGAAGGGUUUGAAUCUUGGCUAAACACUUCCGCGCAGUCAGCUAGAAUAUCGAGGUUUUAGAUCUCAUGUUCUGUUGGAAGUGUAAUAUUAAUGGAGAGCCGUGUAGCAGAAUUCAUCAGAUUAGCAGGCCAUUCCCCGUUCUACACAAUGCAAUUCCCAUGUGCCGUUCAAGCCAUUUUGAAUGCUGCAGACACUUCCUGAUUUGAACAGCAACAGAAAAAAUGAUUUGGGAAAGAAAAAGAUUUUUUUUUUGUAUCUUCAUCUAUUAAAAGCAUCUCAGCCUGUGGUAUUUUAAAACUGAGGAACAAAAGAAGGGAACAGUGUAUGAAAAUGUUUUCUUUGUAAGAAUUUGUUCCAGUGUUUAUUGCGUGUUUAUUGAACUGUUUGGUUUGAUGCAUCGAGAAUGUCUCUCUGUGCUAUAGAAAUAUAACAAAUGAAGAAAACGUUGUGUUAUUUUAUUAAGAAAAAAUGUAUUUGGAUUAAAUAAAGUGGGUGGAUUGGGUAUAAUAUGCAUAGGCACAAGCGUGUGUCCGCAUUCAGUAAUGGAAUCCUUGUUGAUUUGGGAGUGUUCUUAACAUUCUUCCAAGUCUUUCCAAUCAAUUGGAUCAAAAAAUUAAUUAAAACAUCAAACUAUACAUGAUUACAAUAAAACAUUAUUUUUACAAUUUUUUUUUUUGCCUUUAAAUGCAUUUAUUUGAACAAAAUCAAACUCUUGGGGGGAGAUAGGUAUAAUGAAAUAUUUCCCCUUACUACGUGUGCCUUUACCUUUUUGUCAGAUUAAAUCUUUUUUUUAUUAUUAUUAAUAAUUAGUGCAAUGUUAAUGUAGCACAUUUUACUGUACAUGCCAAUGAUUUAUUUUUUUUCACUUUGUAUGCUAAGGAAAAUGAGUGUGGUGGUAAAUUGUGUGUUUUUGUUAUGAUGUACUUGAUGAAACUGAAUGGUUCGGAUCUUUUGUUUUUGCUUUUUACAUUUCCAAUGUCAGUCAAGUUACAUGACUGUUCCUGAUCAGAUGACAUUUAGUAACAAAGCUUGGUAAUUUUUUUCUUUGUUUUUUUUAAUAAAUAUUAAUAUGUCAUGGAUAAUAUAAAAACUCAAUAAAGUAAUAUAAUUUUUGUUUA